AUGGGACCGGAACGAAAUGAUCCAAAGGUUCUCGAAAAUACACGAGAUCAACCAGAGUCAAAGACAGCUUUUCCCGCAAUUAAACGACCGAAGAAGCAGUCUCAUUUCUUUAGACCGGUGAAUAACAUUACAGGUGAGUUUCCCGUUCAGCCACAGCAGCAACAAGAGCAUGAAACUUCCAAGGUGAAACCAAUCAGUCAAAACACUCUACACUCGCGAAUUCUGCCGGUUAGGGAAAUCAAUCUUCCAAGAGAUGUCACCAAUAGCCCCACAUUUGGCCGAAAUCGUGGAGCAGCAUUGCACGUUGCAACUGACCGCUCAGACGAUAGCUUUGACGGAAUUCUAUGGAAAGAAAGCCCCGAGUUUAAAACCGGUAACAGUACCAACAAUGUUGCAAACCAUGGACACAAGUCGUCCAAGAGCCGAGCGACAAAGCUAUCUUCUCCUUUGAAAGGACCAGAGGCAAAGUUGGAAACGAAAACCGCGCCACUUACACCAGAGAUCUUAUCCAAAUACGGAUCAAACUUCUACAACAAAUCGCUACGCUCGCCGCGUCUACUACCAAAAACUUACUCCGAUUUGAGUCACGUGGAGAGCUCAUCAAAGAACCUGAUCCAGUACCCAAAUCUAAAAAGAGCCCACUCAGGCAAUUUGUCUUCUUUGGCAGCUAAUGACUUGCUAGAACAGUCAUCAUUGAGUGGGUGGAUGAACAAGUUGGAUACGGGACAAGCACAGCCUGAAGUUGCUACUAGUAUAAAUGGGCUAAAGCUGUCCCCGCUGGUGUCUCACUUGCAUUGUGAAACCUUGAGUGACCCAUUUUCGGACGACGAAGAGGUAUUGGAGCUUUUGACUAAUCAGCAUCAGAACCACCGUCAGAGUCAAAGCUUUCACCAUCAUCGAAAGGAAGCUGAUCUUGUGAAUCUUGAGGCUAGAGGUGCUCUCGAUUGUAGCUCACCUACAACAAGGGCCGUAACUGAUAAACAUGAUGCAUCGGAUGAUCCCUUUUCCGACGAAGAAGAUGAAGAAGAUCCCACGAGCAGCGGUAACCUUUUACAAAUUCCAUUGACAUAUUCGAAAUUCACAAAGUCGUUUAAGCAAGGUAUAUUAAACCUUGAAGAAGAAAACUCCGAAACUGGGAAAACAUUCCACGAGGAAGAGGAAGCUAUUACGGACAUUGCCUAUGGGAGACCAAACCUACGAAGACUCAAAAUCACCCAAAUAGUUUUGCAGCAAUAUGGCCAGGAGAAAAGACAGCAGUAUAUCUUUCAAGUAGAAAGUGCCAAUGUCAAGAACUCAACGAUUAUUGUACGAGGAGAAUAUUGCGAGCUAGAGUUCCAAGUAGGCGACAUUAUCCAUGUCAUCAUCACCGACGAGCUGCAUCCGAAUUUGGUAGACGACAACCACAACCUCCUCGUAUGGAACCCAGAUGUGCUUUUGUCGGCCACCACCAUUGCUCAACAGAUUAACUGUCCGCGUAAAUCUGUCAUACUUUCGAGGUUAAAGUUCCCCGGCACCAGCACAUUGCCAAUCAUCGUGGGGGAAAUUAUCCAUUUCAUUUUCCAAGAAUGCAUGAUGACCGAAACUUGGAAUUUCGAAUUCAUGAACGAGAUUUUUGAAAGUCUCAUCGGGCAAUAUUUGAUGAGCAUUUUAUGUUUGGAUAUAACUGUUGAAGACGUAAGGAGUGAGGUCAGCAAGCACUAUGAGUACUUGCAAACAUGGUUUGAUAAAUAUUACAAGAAAGCGAUUGGCCCGCUGAGCAAAAUCGACAAUUCCUCCGAAAGGGAGCUUAUAGGAUUUGCAGUAGACGAGAUUUUGGACAUUGAAGAAGAGAUCAAGUCCCCGGUAUUUGGCGUGAAAGGGAAAAUAGAUGCAACAAUUGUUGCCAAGCUUCUAAAUCUGAAAGUGAAGGGCAAGUUUUUGCUACCCUUGGAAAUUAAAACCGGACGAGAAUAUACCAGCCACGGUGCUCAGGCAACCUUGUAUGCGUUGCUUUUCAAGGACAGGUAUGACUUGGACAUCAGGUCCUCGAUUCUUGUUUACACCAAGGAGCAGCUCACCAAGCGGUGCAACAUCAACGUGCAAGACCUCCGGGCUUUGCUCAACUUGAGAAACAAAGUUUCCCAGCACUUUAAGCUGAAUCAAACGUACCCGCCUUUAUUAAAGCGUAGUGACUGCGAAAGAUGCGAUGUGCAAGAUGCGUGCAUGGUGAUCCACCACUCGCUAGAGGAUGGAAUCGGCGCAGAUGGGGCUGCCGGGAUUGGUGAAGACGUCUAUGCAGCGCUCACUGCCGGCGUUUCGAAAGAUCUGUACAAGCAGUAUUUGAAAAGCUGGGAUAAACUCAUAGGAAGAGAAGAAGAGUUUCUGAUGAAAGCUAUUAAGCUUUUGUGGACUCUGCCGUCCCAAACGAGACAAUCUUUGGGUGGCUGUUUCGAUAAUCUUAAAAUUGUCGAGUCAACAGACGAGGACAAUCUGGGAUUCAUCAACCCUACCGUUCGCGGCGACAAGUCACAAGCAAGACGAUUCACCUACACUUUUGCAAAAUGCGCUGAUGAUGAUGACGACACUGUUGGCAAUUUUACAUCGCCGUCAAAGUUUAAUGUCAACGAUCGAGUCAUAAUCAGUGAUGUCGCGGGGCACUUUGCCAUCGCCAGCGGAACCGUCAAGCUGAUCACUCCUACUCGUAUCACAGUCAGUACAAGAAGACGAGUGGUAACUCAUGAUGCAAAGUUGGCCGAUUUCAAUGAAAAAAACAAUCAAGUGAUGAAAAGCUUAGUGCGAGGAAGCAUCACCACCACCAACCGCAAUUCGAAAGAGAAACGGUUCAUUCUUGACAAAGACGAGAUGUUUUACGGCCUAGGUUUAGCGCGAUAUAACGUGUUGAGUCUCUUCUUGAGUGAUUCUGCGCCUGGAUUGAGGGAGUUUGUGGUGGAUCUCAAGGCUCCAACUUUUCAAGAGCACUCGAAGGGCGAUAUACAUAUUGAAGCCUCCACGGGAUUCAAUUCCACCCAGCUUACUGCUUACAAAAAGGUUUUCGCUGCAAACGACUAUUCACUUAUCCUCGGAAUGCCCGGCACGGGCAAAAGUACGCUUAUUGUGGAGAUAAUCAAGCGCAUUGUCCUGGAAAAGAAAACAGUGUUGCUAACCUCGUAUACAAAUUCUGCUGUUGACAAUAUUCUUUUAAAGCUCUUGGAAAACAAAAACGACUCGCACAAGGUGGUGAACUUUAUAAGAAUUGGCCACCCGCUGCGAGUUCACAAGUCACUUCACGCUUACAUACCCGACUACGGUGACUCCAUAGAGUCCCUUUCCCAAUUAUCCGAUGUUUACAACCUUCCAAAUGUCGUUGCGGCGACUUGUUUGAGCAUCCGAGACCCUUGCUUCAGCAUUCGAACAGAAUUUGACUAUUGUAUCAUUGACGAGGCUUCCCAGAUUACUUUACCGAUAAGUCUUGGUCCCAUCCAGCUUGCGAAAAAAUUUGUUUUGGUGGGGGAUCAUUACCAGUUGCCUCCCUUGGUGUUGCAUCCAGACCCCGAAGUUAAGCGGGGACUUGGCCAGUCUUUGUUCAAGGUACUAGCGAACGCGCAUUCGGACGCUGUGAGCGAGUUGACGCACCAGUACAGAAUGUGUGAAGAGAUCAUGCAAUUGUCAAACAUUUUGGUCUAUGACAACAAGCUCAAGUGCGGGAACAAAGAGACUGCAAACCAGAGCUUGAAGAUACCAAGGCCGGAGUCCAUCUCGAUGUAUGCAAAGCCCGAUUUGCCAUUGGAGCACCAGUGGAUGAAUUGGGUUUUGGACGAAGAAAUGAAAGUCCUAUUUCUUGACCAUGACAGUCUCGAUGAUGCAUCUGAAACUGUUUGUGGUGAAGCAAUUCUGAAUCACACGGAAGCACAGCUCGUCAAACAAAUUGUCGGAGCUCUCAUCACGUGCGGUGUUGAAGAAAAGCAGAUUGGCGUCAUGUCAUUCUACCGUGCUCAGCUCAAUCUUUUGAAAAGAGACCUUUCAACUAAGUUGGACUUGGAGAUUUUAACGGCGGAUCAGUAUCAAGGAAGAGACAAGCAGUGCGUGGUGAUUUCUUUGGUGCGGUCAAAUGAUGAAAAGAAAGCUGGGGAUUUAUUGAAAGAAUGGCGAAGGUUAAAUGUGGCCGUUACCAGAGCCAAAUCGAAAUUGAUCAUUUUGGGAUCCAGAUCGACUUUGUCCACAACAAACACGACUAAGACUUUUAUUGACUUUGUGGAUCUGAAGAAUCGUUAUUUUUUGCUCCCAAAGGGUGCCGACAGCAUGUACGAUCUUCCACAAUCAGCACGGAGCUCUCCCUUCAAGGGCCCCAACCAGAAACGUUUGCAGCAUUUGACAAACACAACCCCCAUUCUUAAAAAUAUAAUAGAUGAUAUACAGGGCUAG